AUGUCGUACAAGGACAAACCCCCGUCGAAGCCGAAACGCGAGAGCCGCCGGCCGUUUGGCAGGCCCAAAGAGGCGCCAGGCCCCGUGCAGACGUUCGAAGACUCAUUUCAAAUCCCUCCCGCAGCCAGACCACAUCCUGGCGGAUCGCAUCAGGGCGUUUUCCAGCUGUCUCAAGACGGCCAGUUCACGUCUUUGCCCGCCGCCACGCGGCCGCGACGGUCGCCUGGGCGCGGGCAAGGCGCGGGCGCAGACCGAGGUGAGGGCGCUGGAUCGUCGCGACACGUGACACGCACGCGUCAGGCAGACGAUGUCCCGACAGAGGCUGGACCUUCGAAGCGACGCCGUCCAUCGAUUGCAGCACCGGCGGGCAGCGGGGGCCCGGGACACCGUCAAACUCGAAGCACUCCCGAAGUGCCCGUCAUUGCUCAUCCCGGAGAAAGCCACUUCCACCGAAGCAACUCGAGCAGCGUGCUUCCGCGCAUGUAUGCAGAUGACAGUGGAUCGCUCGCGGGGCCCCGAUCCUGGCCGCGGACUGUCGGACACUUCCCCACCGCCGGCCCCCAGUCGAGUCAGGUCCGGACCAACGCGCUCUCGCCCAUGUCUCCGAUACCGUCAGUUGCCUUUUCUGGAGGAGAUCGCCUCACGCCAGAUACUCCGGGUUCUGGCGUGCAGUACUCCCCUCAAGGCCUGUCUUCGUCGAACUGGGCUGACACACCGUCCACGGCAUCCUUGCCGUUGACACCUUCUCGGCAGCAUGACCCAAGGACGGGGCCAUACUGGCUCCCAGAUCCAUCGCCAGCUUAUGGUGAAUACUGGCAAUAUCCGUCGUCGGCUCCUCACAGCCCUAGUUCACUGCGCGCGCCGAGCCAUCCGCCCAGCUCGGCGACGCCUUCGCCGUUUAUUGGGAUGGUUGGGGAGUUCGACUUCGAUAGCUCUCCGACAUAUGGGCCCUCCGGUGAGCACUCCGCAAGUCUACUUGGCUCCCGCGCUGUGUCUGAUCCUCAGCGCCUUCAAGACCCGUCUGACCUUCCGCCCCUCCCCCCGGAUCAGUUCCCACUCGACAUGAUGUUUUCUGGGAACCCGCAACCAACGGCAAUGACCGCGAUAAGGCACCCCCAAGGAUCCCACUACGGACAGCAUACCUCUUACGCGAGCAUGUCCGGUACGCCCCGUCCCCCGCAUCCGCUCAUGAACCGGCAUGGCUUACCGGCAGCCGCUGCAGCGCCGGACUUGUCGCAAUCGCAGCACCUGUUCUUCCCAGAGGGCAUCUUCGGCGAGACCACCGAACCCGUACUCGCGUACUCCGACGCGCAGCAAGAGGCCUACGCUCCCCCGGCAUCAGGCUACAUGCACGCGUCGCACUCUGCUCCGGGUCCCUCUGGCUCUGGCUACUAUCCCGCUCCGGUUGCUCAUGCGUAUCCGUCUCAAGCUGGGUUGUCGUACUUCCUUCCCGCUGGUCACCCGUACUCGUCUGAGGGGGGGCCUCUCUACGUCUCUCAAGCCGAGCCUGCUUACCCCUCUCCAGAGAGGGCUCUCUACUCGUCUCAUCUCAGGCCGCCCCACUCGUCCCAAGCUGGCCGUUACCCCCGACACUGA